UCAAAGAAACAAAAAGCAAAAAGCAGAUUCUGCCCCAAAUAAAAUUACACACGAGCUACAGAGAGAGAGAGAGAGAACAAAGAUAGAGAAAGUGAUCAUUCUGUAGAUUACUGUAAGCUCACCGUCCAUACGUUUACAAGGUAGACCAAAGCAUAUGCCUCACAGAGAUGUCUUUUCAUAUAUAACCUUCCAAUCACAAUUCUCUCCCUAUCUUCUCAUAGACACACACAUGUGCAACUAUUAGAGCAGUAUACGCACAUACGACUUUUAAGGCCACUCAUAUUUUCUCUCUCUCUUCCUUCACAUUCCAUUCUUCCACCUUCAUCAUCUCCAAAAAACCAGAAAGCUAGAAGCAGAUCAUAACCUAAUUGUCAAGGUUUCAUAUAUUGAUCUCUAGAGAGAGAUGUCCGGUGUUCUUCUUUGGGUGACUUGUGGGCCCAAAGAGAACGCCAUUAACUCUCUGUUGGGAGGAACAGUUAGAAGUGGCAGUGGGAGAUUUUCGCAGAGAAGCGUGGUUUCUGCGUUUUCGAGUGUAUUUGCAGACCCUUCGAGAUCGUCCGAGGAGAGGGUGUACGAGGUUGUGCUGAAGCAAGCAGCUCUGGUGAAGCAGCAGCAGAGGAAAACCCUAGAUGAUCAUUUGUACAAGGAUGAUUACACUGAAGCUGAUCUCACUAAUGGAGAUCUGUUAAAUGAUGCUUAUGAUCGCUGUGGCGAAGUUUGUGCGGAGUAUGCCAAGACCUUUUACCUCGGAACGCAAUUGAUGACAGCGGAGAGAAGAAAGGCGAUAUGGGCAAUUUAUGUGUGGUGCAGAAGAACAGACGAACUGGUGGAUGGGCCAAACGCUCCCCACAUCACUCCAAAAGCCUUGGACAGAUGGGAGCAGAGGCUAAAUGAUGUUUUUGCGGGUCGUCCUUAUGAUAUGUAUGAUGCUGCCCUCUCCGAUACUGUCUCCAGAUUCCCAGUUGAUAUUCAGCCAUUCAAGGACAUGAUAGAGGGGAUGAGGCUAGACUUGAGGAAGUCAAGAUACAACAACUUUGACGAGUUGUAUCUGUACUGCUACUACGUUGCUGGCACAGUGGGGCUUAUGAGCGUACCAGUUAUGGGCAUAUCUCCAGACUCAAAGGCUUCCACUGAGGCUGUUUACAAUGCUGCUUUGGCCCUUGGCAUCGCAAAUCAGCUCACCAACAUCCUCAGAGACGUUGGAGAAGAUGCUAGGAGAGGAAGAAUAUACCUGCCACAAGAUGAGCUGGCACGAGCGGGCCUAUCAGACAAUGACAUUUUGGAAGGCCGAGUGACGGACAAGUGGCGGAAUUUCAUGAAGGGACAGAUAAAGAGAGCUCGGAUGUUUUUUGAUGAGGCAGAGAAAGGAGUAGCAGAACUUGACUCAGCAAGUAGAUGGCCAGUGUGGGCAUCAUUAUUAAUAUACAAACAGAUAUUAGAUGAGAUUGAAGCCAAUGGUUACAAUAAUUUCACCAAAAGGGCUUAUGUUGGCAAAGCCAAGAAGCUCUGGUCUCUUCCGGCUGCUUAUGCAAAAGCUCUUCUUGGCCCACAAAUGCUAACUCACAAUAUAUUUAAGAGAUAAAUAAUCAUGAUUAUAAUAAAUAAUCUUUUGAGCUUUUGUAGAUUCUCCUAUUCACUAUAUUUUAGAAAAACCUUUAAUUGUUUGUGUAAAUUACUUGUUAUAUUGUACAA